AUGACACUCUCAGACAAGCUAUCAGGCCGAACACCUCAAGUUUGUAAAUUAGGGCGAAAGACAGUCCUUUCAUCUGAGGAAGAAGAUGUGCUUGUCCAAUGGGUUCUCAGUUGCCGGACGUCUGGAUUCCCCAUCAAUUCUGAUCAGCUGACCAAAAGCAUAAAAACACUUGUCGAAAAGUUGGGGAAAGAGACCCCUUUUACCGAAGAUAUGCCUGAACAAGGAAAGGUUUUGGCAGGUCGAGGGGACAAAACUGUGUACAGCAUCACCAGCAAUGGUGAGAAAGAAAACAUCACAGUGCUACUCAUCAUAGGUGCCAAUGGAAGCAUUGUCCCAGGCGCUGUCAUUUUGCCAGGGGUCAGGAAGCCUCCCAGCAUCGAUCAGGAUUUCCCUGAACACUGGGGACUUGACAAAAGCAAAAAAGGCUGGAUGACAGCCAAAAAUUUCUAUGAGUAUGUGGCCAAUGUAUUUGAGCCAUACUUGACAAGGAACAACAUCCAACGCCCGGUGGUGUUGUUCCUUGAUGGCCAUUCCUCACACAUGACCCAACACCUCAGCAACUUCUGCUCCGAAAAAGGGAUUGAGGUUGUAGCUCUCUUGGCAAAUGCAACACACAUCUUACAACCCUUGGAUGUCAGGGUGUUUCGUCCCUUGAAAAGUGCAUGGAGGAAGGCUGUUGUUGUUUGGAGGGCCAAGAACAAGUUCAAGAAACUAUCCAAAGAAAGGUUCUCUCCCCUGCUCAUAAAUGUCUUGACAGAAAACAUCACUGAACGAUCAUUACAAAUGCCUUCAAAACGACUGGACUAUUGA